AUGGCUCACUACCAUUUGUUGGCGAAGCAACUUUCGGGGCAUCCUUCUCCGAUCCCACCUGCUGUUCAGGGGCUUAACAUGAACCAGGUGUACCAAGUGAGAGAUAAUCCUUCCCCCGUUGGAUCUGUUCCUGCUGCAUUUUGUCGGUUGUUGCAAAAUCCAAUUGUGGCGCAAAUCACACAGAGCCUGCUUUCCAAUCCUCGGUACAUGGAACAGGUGACAUGGCGGCCCGAGCAGUGGCCGAACUCACGGUGGAUCAGCAACGAUAACCAAACGCUUCAAGAAGCCCAAAUUUCGCUACCUAAGGUUUUGCAACAACACGUGGAAGGCUCCGAUCAACGACAGCCUGAGCGGCUCCAAGAUAGGAAAGGCUGCAAAAUGGCCUCAAUGACAAUGUUUCACAGAGCUAGGCCCUUGAGGAUCGACGUCUUCUUCACAAGGUCAAAUCUGAAGAAUUGUUUGAGUAUAGAAGGGAAACUAUUGAAGGAUGAAAGCAAAGAAGAUGAAAAAUUGUUAAUGGUGAUGGUCAGGAAAAUGAGGGGAAAUAAGGAAGAACAUGAAGAAAAUGAGGAGGAAGGAGGAGACAAGUGGGAGCACGUAGAUCACUGGAGUAACAUAAUACUAAAGCAU